AUGGCCGCCCUGUUCUCUGGCCGUGUCCUGAUCCGCAACAACAGCGACCAGGACGAACUGGACACAGAGGAGGAGCUCAGCCGCCGGCUGGAGAACCGGCUGGUACUACUGUUCUUUGGUGCAGGGGACUGCCCGCGGUGUCAGGCCUUCGCACCAGUGCUCAAGGACUUCUUUGUCAGGCUCACGGACGAGUUCUACGUGCUGCGGGCAGCCCAGCUGGCCCUGGUGUAUGUGUCCCAGGACCCCACGGAGGAGCAGCAGGACCAGUUCCUCAGGGACAUGCCCAAGAAGUGGCUCUUCCUGCCUUUCCAGGAUGACCUGAGGAUGGACCUGGGCCGCCGAUUCUCCGUGGAGCGCCUGCCCGCGGUCGUGGUGCUUAAGCCGGGUGGGGACGUGCUCACGCGCGACGCUGCCGACGAGAUCCGCCGCCUGGGCCCCGCGUGCUUCGCCAACUGGCAAGAGGCCGCAGAGCUGCUGGAUCGCAGCUUUCUGCAACCGGAGGACUUGGACGACCCAGCCCCGCGCAGCCUGACAGAGCCGCUGCGCCGCCGCAAGUACCGCGUAGACGCGGCGCCGAGGGGCGGCCCUGAGGGCGGGGCCGGAGGGUUGUUCUGA